GGGAAUUUUUCUGGGAAGAGAGGAACAGCGAUUCCGCCCAUCCCGAAGGUGUACAUAGCAGCUGUUUUGUCGUGUUAUCAUGUUCCGAAUGAGUGCCCUCCGCAACAUCUCCCUUAAGCCUUCCUAUAUAUCCUACGCAGUUGCUCGUAUAUUCAGCAAUCCAUUGACAAGACCAACUCGUAAUAUGUCUACAGAGUGUAAAUUUGUUCAGGCUCCGCAUAAGCUUCUGGUCAUCCCAGGGCCUAUCGAGGUCACGGAUGAGGUCCUCUACGCCAAUGCACAUCCAUCGAUGUCGCAUGUGUCACCCGAAUUUGCGCCAGUGUUUGGUGACUGCAUUCGCAUGAUUAGACAACUUCUUUACUCAAAGGAUGCGCAACCGUUCCUGAUCGCUGGGUCAGGCACGCUGGGGUGGGAUCAGGUCUCUGCGAAUCUCGUGGAACCUGGCGAGAACGCUCUCGUCCUGCACAGCGGAUAUUUUGCCGAUAGCUUCGCAGACUGUUUGCAGACCUAUGGUGCCAAUGUAGACCAAAUCAAGGCUGAGAUAGGUGGCGCCGUCAAGGAGGCUGAUAUCGAAAGUGCACUCAAAGCGAAGAAGUACAAGAUCGUUACCGUGACCCACGUCGACACGUCGACAGCCGUUCUAUCCGACAUCAAAGCUAUUGCAAAUAUCGUGCAAAGAGUUUCUCCAGAUACACUGGUUGUUGUCGAUGCUGUCUGCUCAGUAGCGAGCGAAGAAAUUCAAAUGGAUGCCUGGGGCAUUGACGUCAUAUUGACAGCCAGCCAGAAAGGUCUGGGCACGCCACCAGGUCUUAGCAUCCUCGUUGCUUCUCAGAAAGCUGUCCAGGUGUUUGAGAACCGCUCAACGCCAGUUACGACAUACUACGGCAGUUGGAAGAAAUGGCUGCCCAUAAUGAAAGCCUACGAGAACAACUCUGCUGCCUACUUUGCCACGCCACCCGUCAACCUCAUCUAUGCGUUCCACACGUCCCUCACGCAAAUCAUGCAGGGUUCUGUCUCACUCGAGCAACGAUUCAAGCUCCACCAGGAGGCUAGCCGACGUGUCAAGAAAGCGGCAGAGGAAAUCGGAUUCAGGGGCGUGCCUCUCAGUGAGGACGUUCAGGCAAAUGGCAUGACUGCACUUUACUUCCCCGACGGUUUCGUAGCGAGCGAUAUCAUUCCUCGUCUGUUGAAGAAAAACGUCGUUGUCGCCGGUGGAUUGCACGCUAGCAUUAAAGACAAAUACUUCCGCAUAGGGCACAUGGGGGUUUCUGUCGUUGACCCUAAUCGUGGUGACAUCGACAAGAUUAUCAGUGCCGUGAAGGAGACGUUUGCAGAAGCCAAGGCUAGUAAGCAGUAGGAACCAGAGUGAAAUGAUUUCGUGUGGCAUGUGCGAUACAUUGGAUAGAGUACAUAAGCAUCCCAAUUUCAUUUGUCAA